CUCACUCAACCUGUCCAAAUCCAGUUAUACUUUUCUGUGGAAGAGGAAAACCCUAAAAACAAGAACUUGAGAGAGAGAGACUGUGUGAGGAAGAGCGAGAAAAGUGAGACAGAGGAUUGCAGUUCACAGAGAUAGUACCCUAAAAGCUCUCUAAAUACAGUUGGCAAUGAAAAUCCAACACUUCAACUGUCGUCUCGGAAUUUUCAAAUCUUUGGACUCUUAAUUUUUGGAGUAAUUUCUUGAAGAAGUUCACAACUUCCCUUAUUUUCACUUAUUAUAUAUAUAUAUAUAUAUAUAUAUAGUUAUAUAAAUAUGGAGAAUCAAGAGGUUAUGGUGAGCGCGAAAGUUUCGAAUGGUACAGUGGCUUCAAAUGGUGAUGGCUUAGAACAUCAGAGCAGUGGUUUUAAGGAGAGUGAGAACUUGGGUGAUCACCUUCUUGAGGGUUUGGAUUCGUAUUUGGAAGAUAUAGAUGACCGGUUGACGAUUUCGAGAAUGGUUACUGACUCUGUCAUCAGAGGGAUGGUGAACGCAGUGGAGCAGGAGGCGGCGGAGAAAAUCAGUGCAAAAGAACUAGAGGUGGCUAGGUUGAAGGAAACAUUACAUUUUAACCAAGUGGGUAGGGAUGAAAUUGAAUUUUCAGGGUCACUGGUAAAGAAUCAAUCAAGAAAUGCAGAAUUUGGGCUUCCUUGUAGUUUUUCUAACGCCUUUGUGGAUCAUGGUAAGAUGAGAGAAUCUCUAGGCAACUUAAAAAGUGUGGUCGGGCAACAGAUUAAGAAGCUCAAGAAAGAGAUUUAUGGUAUUAGGGGGUGCAAGUCAAUCAAGAGGAUCGGUUCUGUCUCAGAGUUGGUGGGAUUGGGUGGAAUUCUGCAAGAGAAGGCGUCUGAAACCUGGGUUGGUGUUGAUAAAACACUUGAUGCUCUAAAAUCUACAUUGGACGGCAUCUGCACGCAGGUUGAUGGCAUGCUUAACUUGGCUACGGCAUCAGUUUGUGAGUGGCAGAAGGAGCGAGAGUUUCAAGGGGAACUUGAAGCUAUGGUGAUCCAGAGUUGUAUUAGGAGUCUUCAGGAAGAGUUCGAAGGGAAAUUAUGGGAUCAAAUUGCUCAUUUUUGUAGUAGCCAAAGAGUAAAUUGGCAUGAAAGAAUCAAUGAGAUUUCAAGUUUGCGCACGGAAUUAGAUGUGAUUUCAAAGUGGCUAUCUGGUCCAGAAACUAUGGAGCUGAUUUCUCACGGUUCUUAUGAUUUGGAUCAUUUCCAGCACAAGGCUUUGAGCAGUCAUAUUUCGUCUUCAACUUCAGUUUGGGAGGAAAAUGGUAAAUUUGAUGAGUCUAAAACUGGUAUGCCGGAGAAUUGGGAUCCUGCCCGGUUAAAAAACAUGUCGAGGGAGGCAUUGGUGAAAUAUGUAACAGAGAUGAAAAGGAAUCACGAGACUACUGUGCAGCAGAAAACUGAAGAAUUGUUUACUCUAAAGGGUAAAUACUUGAAAGACAGGGGGUCUUCUUUGCAUCUCAGGAAGGAUAAGGAGUUUGACACAUUAAGGAGAAAAAUCCCAGAUAUCAUUUUGAAGUUGGACAGCAUCCUUGUGGAAAAUGAAAAAUUACUCCCAUUAAGCAAUAAAGCUGAUAGUCUCAACAGCUUAAUGGUUCGUCUUGAGAACCUUCUUCUGGAAAAUCAACAACUAAGAGACUCACUUACAGAUAAGAAAAAAGAAGUGCACUGUCUUUCAACACAGGUUUCUGAUGCUGCAGCAAAUAUGUUACAGUAUUCUUUGACUGAGACGGACUCGCUAAAAUUGAUAGAAAAUCUCAAAUCUUCUGUAGAAGAUGCACAUAUAGAAGCUUUUGUUAGCAAAGAGGUAAAUAAAUGUAUUCUCAGGGAAAUGACGGCUCAGAUCAAGUGUGGCAAUGAGGAGACAGAGUUGGAGUGUAUUGAAGAUUCAGUUAUGAAAUCCUUGAUUAUGCAAGGGCUUUGUGAAGUAAUAUUUAAGGAAGCAUUCAAGGAUGCCGAAUCACAACUCAACAACUGGACCAGGAGAUAUAUACAUGAAAACAAAAUUCGAGUUUCUCUUGAAAUGGAAGCACUGGAAAGAGAAAAAGAAUUAAGGCUGGAGUUAAAAGAAUCGCAAGAGGUGCUCUUACUGGCAGAGGCAAUCAAAGAAAAGGAAAAGAUAGCAGAAGAAGUAUCAGCUGCAUUGACGAAAGAAAAAGAGCAGUUUGAGCUAGCUUCUCAGGAGCUUCAUAGUCUACGAGAUCGUGAAAAUCGUCAGCAGACAUUAAUUUCUGAGAGCAGCAAGGAACUAAAAUUAGCGAAGGGUGAAUUGGUAGAGGCAUUGGAGCAAAUUGAUGUUUAUAAAGCGGAAAUAAACAAAUUGAAUCAACAGCUUGAAAAGAAUUUGGAAGAGUUCAGGGAAGCUGAUGAACAAAGAAAUAUGCUUCUAAUUGUUACCCAAGAGAAGCAAAACACUUUGUCAUUGGUUCAAGCUAAAGAAGAGGAACAGAGGAAGCAAAUGGGAGCAGUAAUUGUUCUUGUCCAUGGACUGUCAAAUGCUCUUGCUGAUUAUGAUUGUAAAGUAGCAGAGGGUAUCAAAAAGAACAAUUUGAGGUUGGAUUCUUUAAAUAUUCGGUUGAAUUCUCUUAUCCAGAAAGCUAAUAUACUUGGAAAGACACAAUUGUCGUACAAACAAAGGCUUGAAAGAAGAUGUUCUGACCUUCAAAUGGCUGAAGCUGAGGUUGAUCUUUUGGGGGAUGAAGUGGAUGUACUUUUAAGCCUCCUCGAAAAGAUAUAUAUAGCUCUUGAUCACUACUCACCAAUUUUGCAGCAUUAUCCUGGAAUUAUUGAGAUCCUGAAGCUGGUUAGAAGAGAAUUAAGUGGAGAAUCCACCAAGCCAGUUUGAUGAUCUUUUGAGAAGAUACAAGGUUAGGAACCUUUUCUUUUUGGUGCCCACUUGUUAUAUUUCUUGCCUUUGGGGAUGAUUUUGGUGAUUUGCUGCCGAUUGACCUUGUGCUGAAUGACUUAUUGUUUUUGUUGAAACCACAAGAAGUUUCUACGUCGGUAAAUUAUUCUAUUACUCAUGCAGAAGCAAACUGAAAUGACUGUUGGUUUUUGGAUUGGGAGAGGGUUGGAGGUGAAAGACUAAACAUGUUUUUGACAGACUUGGCAGGUAGGCCAGGAGAGCUGGCUUGCUGCAUAUAGAAGUAUAGAGAUACACAAUAUUAUAGUGUUUUUCUUCUUUAUGGUCAUCUUAUAUGUAGGACUGAAUCUAGAUUUGGUUCAGUAGAAGUAAAUGACAGUUAAUUUACAGAUUAUUUUCAUUCUUCUUAUUACUCAUUAGUGAUUUAGCGUGCCUCUUGCUUCCAAGAUAGAGCUGAAAUAUAGAUCGCAAACGGGGUGAAGACCACAUUACAUGUAAUUAUUCUAUUACUCAUGCAUUGACGGCGUUUAGUUUCCAAUUUUCAAUAGCCAUUCCAGUUUGUAAAUUCCAAGAUGUGGGAAUUUUCCUCGAGUGAACUAGCAAUCACUCUGUAGAAAAUGUUAACAUAUUUUGUUCUCAAGUUUCAUCAA